AUGACCUCCAGGAUGCUCUCUUUAGCCGAGUGCAGCACAUGGUAUGCUGUAUCCCUUACUAUAACUGUUUCUGUGGUUGCAGUGAACUUCCUAUCAAUUAUCCUUUUUAUAAAGAACAGUAAUCUUCGCACUCGUGCCAUGUACUUGGUUAUAAACUUGACUGUGGCUGAUAUGUUUGUUGGAGGAAUUGCCACUUUCUAUGUAGUAUUUUAUUUCCUCCUCUACGGUUGCGAAGCAGCUGGAAAGACAUUUUUGAUCUGGGCGGAAUUGCCACCUAUUUUGUUUGUACUUACCGUGAACGAGGUGUGGCUCCCCCUCACCUCUGUAACAGGCAUUGUAGCAAUUUCUUUAGAUCGGAUGCAUGCGACGUUUCGUCCAUUCAGGCAUCGCAACAUCAAAAAAUGGGCCUACGGGGUAACAAUUGCUGGCGUCUGGACUUUAACUGCGAUGAUAGUAAUUCCCUUUCCGUUAAUACGUCUCUAUGGGAACUUGCAUCAACAGUGGCAAUUGGUAUUUCCAUCGUACUUAUGGCGGUCAUAUUGUUUCCUUUGCCUUUUAGUUAUCUGUGUUUCUUAUACCUCCAUUGCUUUAUUUUUUUGGUGUGGAACCCGUCCUCCGUCCCAUGGUGCUGCCAAUAGACAAAGAAAACUGACUGACACAUUAUUUAUAAUGACCAUUGCAUCUUUGCUGCUGUGGUUACCAUAUGUUGUAUAUACUUUUGUUUCUUUUUCUGUUCUAGGUAGGUUUUCCUCCCUGGCACAUUUUCGCUUGAGAUUAUCUUUUUCUCUUCUAUACCACACAAACUCGCUUGUUAAUCCCAUUAUUUACACAAUCAGAAUGCCAGAGUUCAGAAGAGCUCUCUUGAUAUUAUUUAAACGUCGACAAAGACAAAAUGCUGCUAUUCCUCUUCAAGCCCGUUAAUUUACCUUGUCUAACACUUUAUUGUAAGUUCAAAUGAAGACCAGUCAACUAUGUCAACUAUUGCAAAAAAAAACUGGACCAUUGUUUUUCGAAAUCAUCUCUUAAAAGACUCUAAAUAAGUAUAUAAAAGCUGUUACUCAUUUAAAGGGGCUACCUCACGCUUUUUGCUAAUAUCUUUUUAAAACAGAUAAACAGUCUCUUCACAUCAAUUCAUUUCGAAAAACAAUGGUCCAGUUUUGUUUUAACUUUUUUACAUUACAUGACAUUUAAGCGUUGAAAACGUUUCGCCUUGUCUUUGCAAAGGGUUAGCAAGGAUGAAUAUGGAUUGACUUGAAAAAGUCGAGGCAACAUUUUCAAGUUUUAAUCUUAUCCAAAAAAAAAUUAUUAUUAUUAUUAUUAUUAUUAUUAUUAUCAUCAUCAUUAUUAUAUCUUCUUCAUAACUCUACGGGAGCAAAGAUGGACCUAAAACAGCAAUAUCCUCGUACUAGCUCCUUUAACCAAUUAAAAAACCCAUUAAAUAUUAACUCGUUAAUAUUCAGUAGCUAUAAAAAAUUGCGAUAAAACAUUUCUUAAAAUCAUUUUAAGAUUAAAAAAUUGCUAAAAAGCGACGACGUUUCGACGUUAGCUGAACGUCAUUAUCAAGUCAAAAUAAGUUAGUGAUUUUUGGUCUAUAAAUACUAAAAAAACAACAAUAGCUGAUUGAAAAAUUGUAACGUGACGUGACGUAAUUGUAACGUUUAGUAUUUAUAGACCAAAAAUCACUAACUUAUUUUGACUUGAUAAUGACGUUCAGCUAACGUCGAAACGUCGUCGCUUUUUAGCAAUUUUGUAAUCUUAAAAUGAUUUUAAGAAAUGUUUUAUCGCAAUUUUUUAUAGUUAAAUGCUUUUCAAAAUCACUUCUUGUUCGAAUAUUCAGUAGGCAUACUUAUUGUCUAAUGAACUUGAGGAAUUGUGCAAUGGAAAUGACACUUUCCGCGAGCAGCGUACGAUUAUCAUCAAACUGCUGAAAUUUCUUUCAUUUUGAAAGCCGUAUUGCGAAGGCAGAUAGACGCUUUUAGAAACUGUGUAAUCCAGGGGGGGGGGGGCGGGGGGUACUCCCUACAAUGCACUAGACGGGGUACCAUUUUCAGGCUUCAGGCAUAGUUUAACUAGUAUUUCAUAUUUAAAGGAUAGUGCAUUUACAACAGUUAACGGGAUGCAGCGUUUAUUAGGUAUGUGAAAGGCAUAUCAUUUCCCAGUAAGGGGUUCAUUUUCUGUCACAACUGGUAUAUAAAAGCUGGUAAAGGGUUGGACCACGUGGCGGACUCUCCCUGACUUUGUAGAGCAGCCCCCCCGUUCCCCUCCCUUGGGGCUGUGUACUUGGGUUCUUCAAUCAAUUUGUAUAGUAUUUGAUCAAUGUAGCAUUUGUUAUUUUUACAGCUUUUUCCUUUUUCAAUGCAUUAUUAAGAAUCCUAUUGAAAUAAAAUACUAGGGGGACGUUUUUGAAGCUGUUCAAAUCACUCACAGCGCGUGUUUUGAACAUUACAAACUACAGUAAAACCCGCGACUAAGAACUCGGUUUUUAAGAGCAUGUAAGGCUAAAGUUUACCCGUAGGCCUCUUCUAUACUGCUGAAAAUAAAUACAAUGUAUUUUUCUUCAGAAAAUGAGAACCUAGUAAUGCAGAUUCUUAGUCGCGGGUUUUACUGUAUUUAGCUAAUUUAUCUUUUCGCAAUUGAUGUUUGUAAUCAAGAUAAAAUAUGCGUUAUAGGCAAUUUCCGAGUUCCACAAACCCUCACUUUCCAAGCAAGGCUAAGUGCAAAUCCUUUUUGCGAUAAUAAGUGUCAUUUGCAUGGGAGUGAAAAAAGUCAUUUUUGUCACAAUCAUUUGGCUUAAAAACGGACAGAAGCUUGGGGUGACUCAGAGAUAGCCUAUUAAUAUUAUACAUUUAGAUUUUUAGAAUUAGUUGUUAUACACGGUUUUAUGGUGUAUUUUUUACUUUGUGAAGGACUACUUCGUAUGUAAGCUGCAAAACAGUCGGUUUUUUCCCUCAUUAUCGAUAAUACAAAGGCCCAAAGGGCAGGCCUGAGAUUUUCGCACGAGGCGCGGGAGCCUCACACGCUCGUAGGCCCAGUAUCACUCGCCCUUUUUCACCUUCCCACCUUUCGAUUAACCUCUUGCGCGCGCGUUCUUAAUCAAGGUAAAAAGUCGGGCUGUUUUGCAGUUUAAUACGAAUGUGGUCAUUGAUAAAAUAUAACAGUGUGUAAAAAGAAGCCAAUGAAGUCAAGUUCAGUACAUCUUAACUUCUGCUUUAUACUAGGCUUGUUAUCUGUUUCUAAGUCAGUAAAGUUAACCAGUUUAAGAGAAUUCAAUAAAUUUACUAUUUGAACCUGAUUUUCCCCGUGUUGUUAUCUGUGACUCUAAUAGGGAAGGGGGAAAAUAUAUCGAAAUGGGAAUGAGAAGCUUAAUAUGGGAAAUGUGUCAGCUAUUAACCUUCGGACGUACAAGGGUGGGCUGGGGGGUGGUUGCCACCCCUACAUAAGCACCUGUAAGCAUCUACGUCAGCACCUGAAGUUUUCUGUAGCUCUUUGUUUAUCCCUCGCGCCCGUUUUGAGACAAGUUUAGUGAUGGUCAGUUACUAUGGAUACGAGAUAUGACGUGAUAAUUAGCAGGUGGUCAAACCAUUUUCCCGUAAACCAUGGUUUCCAUAUGAUCGUCCGGAUCGUCCCGAUAGCCCUAGUAAUUUCAAAAACAUUUAGAGACGAUCCGGACUUCGACUAGGGUCAUUUCUGGUUUCCACACGACCGUCUCGAUCGCCUCAACGACAAGAGACACGACCGGGGACGUCAGCGAUGUCUCUGGGUCAGACAAUAGAAUUUUUGCGCGUGUUUCCCAAAACAAGCCAAACAUGAUGAUGCAGAUGAUGGAUUUUAAACGGAGAGCGAACCUCGAGGCUUGCUAUCUUUCUUUUCUCUCGAUUUUGCGACGUCGACAAGCAAGAAGAGUUCCACGAAGACAUAGUAUCACGUGAAGAACUUGACUUUCUCUAGUUUCAAAUAGCGCCAAUACGCGAUGCAAACACUUUUGUAUUAUUUUUUCAACUUCAGCGGCGUCCAGACCAGGAAUAGUAGUGAUGAUUUCUGGGAUAGCCUUCGAUCGUCCCGAUCGUCUCAGUCGUCUAACAGCGUUUCCAUGUGAUCGCUUCAAAAUUUACACGAUCAUCCCGAUCGUUCGGAUAGAACUCACCUCUAUCCAAGCUACCGAGGUCGUCUCAGUCGUCCUGGUCGUUUGUGAUCGUCUGGGUAGCGUUUCCUCAUAAUCGUUCCGAUCGUAAUAUUUGAGAUGACUGGGAAGAUCGGGACGAUCCGGACGAUCCAUGGAAACCAGGCUUAGGCGGACAAUUCCCGUGGGGGGCCGCUGCGGACGCUGUCAGGGUUUACGAGAUAGAUUAUACCUUUGCUUUUUAAGCUCCUGUUUCGCCUCUGACAUUUUGUCUGAAUCUUGUAUUUUUAAUAACAUAUUAACUUCAGAUCGCUUUUCGUCACAUUGAAUUUAUAUCAGUUUCAGUGUUUUUUUUUUUUUGUCUCUUUUUUUGCACAUACACGUACGAUCACACUUCAAAAUGUAGGUGCAUCAUUCUGAGAAUUGUAUUUUCCAUUUAAACCGUUUAAGUCAUUUUAUGUUUUUAAAGAGAAUACAAAAUGAUGUUGACUUGUUGGGUAGAGCUACUGUAUAGUAACACUGAGGAGCACCUGAAAAGGAUGACAAAAAUGGCGGCGGUCAGAGCGAGCGGUUCAACCUUAGUCUGAGUAGCAGGCGCUUGGAAGUAAUGGGCACCAAAAAGACUGAGCGCGAGGGAGGCACUUAAGGGAAGAGGGAGCCCUGUCCCCUCGUAUGGGGCUUCCUCGCGCGGCCCGUUUUUUCUUUACUUCCAAGCACCCGCUACGCAGGCUAGUUCAACCCUAAGUAACAAAAUAUUAAAAAAUGCAUAACAUGAGUAAAUUCGAUAACAUUACGGAAAAAAAAUAACAGUCACAUCUACAGCAUUUUUUGAACUGAAACAUAACGAGAUCCAAAGGGGGUAACAAACCCCCUAUGAAGUCUGAACUACGUGGCGACACUAGCCCGCGUAGCAGGCGUUUUCGUGCGGGAACGAGGAACGAGAAUCAAGGACCGCGCGAAAAAUGGCGCGAGUAAAUUCCCGUUCCUCGUUCUUUCCUUGCUCCGAAACCAAACAGAAAAGCUUGCUACUCAGGCUAAUGCGACACGAAAUCUACAACUACUUCUUCUUCUUCGGACGGUGGGCUAUGUGUUAGCUCUCAAAUUAUGACCAUCGGUAUCAAUUACGGUCAUUACAUGGUGACUAUUUUUUAUUGGGCUGCCCGUUAGGGCAACGCUCAAUCAAGAAAUACCUCUUGUUCAUGUCGAAAAAAGACCAAAUGGUCGGAACGGAAUUUCUAGAAAACUGUUCAUGUCCCUCUUUCCCUGGGGCCGAUUUUUGCGGGGAGGGGACGCCUCAUUUCAGGUCGUCUGGCGAACAGACUUGGAAGUCGAUUUGGAACGAACACAAAAUUAUUUUGUGGAGUUAUUGGCCCUAUUUUUUUGGCUGCGCCGAAUUAUUAUCUAAAUACAGUAUUCGAUGGUGUAAUUAGCCUGCGCGGGAGCUGCAGAAACAAUGCCCUCCCACGGUUCCCACGGGAAAAGCUUUAACUUAUGUUGCAAUUUUCUCCCUGCUUGUGAAAAGUCUGCCAUAUAUGGGCUUUAUAGACAUGUGCCGCUGUGAAGGGUAUGGUUUUCAAGCAGUUUACUCUGGGAUAGGGUUUAUAAAUCAGAGAGUUUGGGUCUAGAAGAAGGUAUCUUUUUCCAUUUAAACUGAUCAAUUGGCUGAAGAUUUUAGUCUAGACUAGGAAAACCGGGAAUUGCCACUCAAGAAUAUAAAAAAAAUCAGAUCGGAUUUUUUUUGGCUGGGCUGUGCUAGUGACCUUAGUUGUUUCUGGAAAUCAGCUGGCUACUCUAGGAUAGGGGGGCACUUGGGGAGUUUAGUCUAAAUUCACUUGAACUAGUUCUGGUAUAGGCUAAGGGUCAUGGUCCCAGCGGCACAUCCCCACCCCAAAAGUCCUAAAGUACCCCCCCGCGAGAGCGUGAUGCACGUGAAGAGUUGUUGUUUUGCUCAUUAAAUCUUUUGUUUUUUGACGUUCCCGUUGCCGUCGUCUUCGUGGUUUCGUGGGAACCGUACGUGUUGAGUAACUAAUCCUGUACUAAAAUUGGGCUAGAGUUGCAAACCGCCAAGUUUCUUUUUCUCUUUUGAAGCGGAAUUAAACUGGAAUUAGUACUUUAUUUUAUCGUCGGGCGCGGCGACUAACAGAAAUUAAAAAGCUAUCAUUCUUCUUAGAAAAGAAUUACAUCUAACCAACACUAUCCUCCUGUCUUUGACUGCACCUUGAAACUAACGCGUCAGCGAGCGGGUCGCGUGACACUCGCGCGUGACGUCUUAAUAAUUAUAUUCCCCAAAUGGAGAGCUUGAUAGCAAUCUAAUACACUUUACACGGACCGUUCCUUACAAGAUACCUCGUAAAACUAGGCCUUUUUUCCAUUAAAACGAAACAAAUAUACAAUUUCCCCUUCUGAAGGGCUUACUUCGUCAUAAUUUUCAAGAAUGUUGGGAUUGGAUGCGUUGUUGUUGUUAAAAUUCUUCAGUUCUACUUUUUUUCACCGAAUCCGUGACGCAUGAAAUUUCCUACUUGUAGACUUUUGCCAAACAGUAUGUUCUGCCGUUGCAUAGAACUAUUUUGUUGUGUAUUAACUUCUGGGCUCUCUCCCAUGAACCUUUGGAGUGGACAUUGAUCACGAUGAAAGUUUGGUGCGUUUCCGUUCUCCAAAGGAAGUCAGAAGAUGAACGUUCAGGCAAACUAAAACUGAAAACAACGCUGUGUUUCAUCUUUGACAGUUUUGAAAUUUAUUCAGAGGCUAGAUUUUUUUGAAGAUGGUUUACGUGGUUUAUUGCCGUAGAAUAUAGCUGAGGGUAUAAAAUGUAAAAAUUGAUAUUGAAACUAAAAAUACUCGUUAGUUUGAAAUGUUUAGAAGCAGCAUUAUUAUAUAAAGGGUUCAUGAUUUUCCGGUCACAAAAAGUUCGUGCGCAUAUGAACUUCCGCUCUUAAUUCCCGUAAUAAAAAUUGGUCACACAACCUAAAUACAUGUUUUGCAGAGUCUGGUGAUAUUCUCAAACCUCAAAACUGAGUAUGUAAACAGGUAAGUAAUUUUUUUUCACUCUUCUGUGAACUGCCUCAGUAAGAUUUUCUGUAUUUAACCCCAUACACUUAUCAUACUUUCAAUACAUGUAAUUUCAUACUUUUUCUUGCAAGUAGUUUAAGAAACGGUCCAGAUGAGAACGAUAGCAACAACGGCAACGAACAUGUUGGAAUGCAAAAAAGGUGCUAACUUUUCUAUUGUCUGUACUUACUUCUGAUUGGCUUAAACAGCAAAAGUUAACAAAACUUCAUAAAGCGCUGCAUAUAUUCAUCCUUAUUUUCCAACCAUCUUCCAUAUAACAAAAUCUGGUCUAUGUUUGAAUAACAAAGAAAUCCUAUGUGCGGGGAACAUUU